AUGGAUUACGUUUCUCGGGCAGAAGAGUCAAAGGCUUACCCAAUACUAGUGCAGCCAAGCGGUGGCUCAUCCGGCAGACAAACUGUGCACCCUCAAAAGAAGGAGAUAUUUUCGCAGCAGCCAGUUGUCAGGAAGCAGACUAAGUGGUCUCCCGAGGAAAAUGCCGUCAUUAUUCAGCUCCGCGGUCAUGGCAUGAAGUGGGAUGACAUUUCUAAGCGGUUGCCUGGUCGCAGCUCUAUCAGCUGUCGAUUGCAUUAUCAAAACUACCUAGAACGCCGCAGCGAAUGGGACGACGAUCGCAAAAACAAACUUGCUAGACUUUACGACAGAUUCAAAGCGGAGAUGUGGGCGAAAGUAGCGGAAGAGCUUCAGAUUCCCUGGCGGGCAGCAGAAGCAAUGCAUUGGCAGCUUGGAGAGUCUGAUAUGAUACUCAAUGGCAACAGCAACCUCCGCCGCCUGGUGACUAUACUUAUGAGUCGAGCCCAGAUUUGCCUCCGAUUCGGCAUCAACCAGAAUCUCGAGCUCUAA